AGAUCUCCAUACAUAGUCUAAGAACGCUUCCCCGGUGGUAAGCUAGUUUCAGAGCACCGCUACCUCAAUCACGCGGCGCAGUGCAAGCUUGCUCGCGAGCUUGGCGCUAUCUACAGAAAUAUGCUGAAUGUUCGAAGUCCUAUCGCCGGCGACGUUGCCCCAUGCUCAGGGAGCGGUUGCUCCUGUACGCGUACCUUUGUUCAUUCUAUAGUCUUCCCUAAUCUACAUGUCGAAGUACCUCACGACGGCUCUGUUACUACUGAAAGUACCUUCCAAGUGCUUAAGGCUUGUUUCCAUCAUUGGUCCUCGUGCCCUUUAAGCGGCGUCAAUGCUGGAAUAAGGGACAGGUUAAUCCAAAUGGCAUCAGAUAUGAAUGACCUAGGGUUGUUUGAUAAUAUGCCCAUUUGCUUAACCCACAUGCAGCUCGACUAUGAUAAUAUCUUUGUCGAUAGACAUGCCCAUGGAGACUCGCCUAUUAUAUCAGCCAUUACUGACUGGGAUACUGCCACUUUUGCUCCUAUGUUUAUGGUUUGUGUUCCACCCUCAUGGCUUUGGAUGCGAGCCGAAAACAACGAAACUUUUUCUCGCGCAGUCAUCGACGGCCCUACUUCGCCGGAAGCACGUGAGCUGAAGCAGCUGUUUGAAGAUGCUGCCGGUCCAGACUAUAUGCGAUUCGCUUAUGAACCCAUGUAUGACUGGGCAAGACUACUUGUGGAACUUGCUAUGGACUAUCAUUUCCAUAAGGUGGGGCGAGUUAAUGUAGUAGAAACGAUACUACGAAACUGGGAAUCUCAUUGCCGCCAAUGGAAUCUCGAUUUAACAUGCUACAUACGAGAAGGGACUUUGAACUAGGCAAUGAGAAGAACCCUAGAAUGAUUCUGGUGUCCCCGCCCGAGUGCCCUGGCACUUUGUGGUUUGCCCAUCUACGAGGCGCGUGCUUCAAGAAUACUUUCUAAACAUAUUGGAUGCGAUUAUCAAAAAUGA